GUGUGUUUAGUCUAGUUUCUGACGCGCAAGAGAGGUGGGCCCCGUCGCGGCCCAUCUAUUGAUGUGUGGGGGAGGGGGGAGGUACGGCGGGAAUGGUUGCGCAGGAAGCGGUGUCUCACUCAAAAAGACAGCGCUGUAUGUUGUAGAAGACGAAGUUCGUAAUGCACGUCAGCAGUGACUGCGUCGGUCAUUCCAACUACGUGGCCGUUGUGUAUGUCCGCCAACAGUCCUUCCUUCCACCCCCCCUCCCUCCCUCCUCUCGCAUCUGGUCACAGAAGCAGGGUCAUCGCUGCGGACAACCGCGCGCAGAGAGAGAGAGAGAGAGAGAGAGAGAGAGAGAGAGAGAGAGAGAGAGAGAGAGAGAAUGGCAUCGGGUGGGCAGGAUCUGUUGUUUCUUGUACGGAAUAACUUUUACCUUGGAGCAUACCAGGCGGCAAUCAAUGAGAGCCACGUGGAAGGUUUGACCGAAGCUGAAAGCAUUGAGCGAGAUUGCCUCGUGUAUCGGUCAUACAUCGCGCUGGGGACAUGCCAGGAAAAAGUUCUGGAUGCCAUCCUAGGUCUCCUGAAUGAUCCUGUGAUGACCCAAAAUCCGACGGUGCUGGUAGUCGGAGGGACAAUUCUCGCACACGAAAAGAAUUAUGCUGAGGCCUUGAAAUUCACUAAUGCAUCCUCGAGCUUGGAAGUGAUGGCCCUCAAUGUGCAAAUGUACUUGAAGAUGGACCGACCGGAUUAUGCGGAGAAGCAGCUGAAGUCCAUGCAGCAGCUGGAUGAGGACCAUACACUCACUCAAUUGUCAAAUGCUUGGCUGAAUGUGGCUCUGGGGGGAUCGAAAGUUCAAGAAGCAUUCUAUAUCUUCCAGGAGUUAUGUGAGAAGUACACAUGGACGGUGCCUUUGAUGAAUGGCUGUGCAGUCUGCAACAUGUGCAUGGGCCAUUUUGAUGAUGCUGAGAACACGCUGCUUGAAGCCCUGAGUAAGGAUGCAAAGAAUGCAGACACGCUGGCGAACUUGGUGGUGUGCAGCCUUCAUCUUGGCAAGCCGAUAACACGUCACUUAAACCAACUGCGGUCGGUGGCCCCGUCUAACGCAGUUGCUCUUCGAUUCAGCAGCUCGGGAGAGACCUUUGACUGGGCAGUAGCAGCGUUUGCGAAAGGAAAGCAGCAGGUCUUAGUGAAGAAUGAGGAGACAGAGAGGGGCAGAUUUUGACGGAGUUGGCGGGGCCAGUUGUCAGUAAAGAGUUGUGAAGGUCGCCCACGGUGGAAGAUUGUGAAAUGACAUCUCUGAAAAGUCAUUCAUGUUAUUUGUUGUUUUCGAGAAACAAGGUGCUGCAGGUCACUUGUCAGUGAGAUGUGGAGGCGAAGUGGUUUGAUAUCUGCUCCUCGGCUUGGAAAGGCUCAAAUAAAUAGCACAGGCGUAAUGCGGUUUGCUCACUUCAGCCACUUUUUUUUGGGCAAUCGGUUAUCCUGAUCACCUGAUCACUUGUGUGUGUGUGUGUGUGUGUGUGUGUGUGUGUGUGUGUGUGUGUGAGAGAGAGAGAGAGAGAGAGAGGAAAUGUUUAUCAUUCUUGAGCUCUUUCCCUGUCCUUCGAGAAAGUAUGUUUCCCCUAUCGUUUGCGGAGUGCUUUGGGCUCUUUAUUAUGUCGUGGGCAAGUAAUGCCCGCUCGUACAUCUCCCAGUCACUGUUUUGUAUGUUGCAGGAUGCUGGGGGCCUGUCCGACUACAGGGUACAUGCAGGGCGGUUGAUGAAUUCAGAAUUUCCAUUGGGAGGAUUAGGCACACCAAUCGCUUCCCCCUUGUCCUCCUAUUUCUCUUCCCCAUUGCAUGGCACCUUUGAGCAAUCUGCAUGGUCCGUGUGUCUGUAGGCAUGCUUUUGGAAUCAAGCCUAACCAUGGUCCGCAGUACCAUGGCUCAGAAAUCGACCUAACUUCUGGCGCGUCCUCUCCCCUGCCUUGCAGUCUCACCUUCUCCCCUGCUGGAACAUCUCAGUCUCUCUCUCUCUCUCUCACACACUUUUCAUACUGUGUGCGCAGGGGGAUGUGUGCCUGCACAACAUUGUGUGUGUGUGUGUGUGUGUGUGUGCGCGCGCGCGCGCGUGCGUCUAUGUGUGCACGCGCGCAUGUCUGUGUGUGUGUGUGUGUGCGUGUGUGCGUGUUUGGCUGAUCUCUCUCUCCCCUUCGCUAUCGUAUCUACCAUUCUCCCAUGUUCAUGGGCCGCUCAUACGCUGGUGAUGAUGCUGAGCCCGAGGGAACUUGCAUGCACGCGUCUUAGCAUCCUAGAUGUAUGUGGAGUCAAUUUCGAUCAUUCUUUGUCAGAUUACGCGGGUCCAUUGUGCUAUGGACGAGUAAGAUCAAGAAGCAGCAUAAUCUCAAAAGAAACGGAUAUGCCAAAAUACGCAUGUUUUUAUUGGACUCAGUUCGAUGUGGCGGGCGUAGGGAAAAUAAGAGUGUGACCUGUGGAAAGAGAAAUUGAUCACUUGAAAUACCUGGCGGGGGUCAGUUUGAUGAUUAAUCUUAAGGCAGCCCCAAAAGACUGUGAGGAGAAUUUGAGGAAGAGCUUGAGGAGGCGGGAGAUAAACCUUAGGUGGUGGAGGAAGGAGGUAGACAAUGGAGGUGUGGAGAACGAAGAGCGUGAAGUGGGAGCUAGAGUUUGAGGAGGGUUUGGAGGAGGAAGAGUGUGAGUGCACCCUUAUUGCGCGCUUGCACCCUCAUUCAGAUUUUGAAAAGAAUGCAGUGUCUACGUCCACCUGAAAAAGGGAAAGAAAUGCACCCUCAUUAUGUUGGGUGUCACGAAAGACG